CCGUCGUUCAGACCCUCACUUCGACCAUUGCUCUCGUCGAGACUUUGGCACCCGAUCCCAACGCUCAGCAAAACACAUCCUCGGGCGGCGGAUCCGGCAAUGGCGGCGUUGUUGGUGGUGUGGUAGGCGGUGUCAUCGGCGGUCUGGCAGCUCUCGUCGCUCUCGUUCUCCUCGGCAUCCUUUUGAAACGUCGACGCGAUCGUACUGGCCACGCAUACUUUUUGUGCCUUGGUACUAAACCCAACAGACACCUCGAUGGCGGCGACGGAGACUGGCCAACCUUUGACCCGAACUCUUCGAGCCUCGCGAGUGCAACCGGCGCUGGAGCGGUCGGGGCAGCGUUUGGUGCUGGCUCAAAGCGUGGCCGCCCAGCGACUCCUGGCGGCACUUUGCCCCAAGGUUUCGACGAUCCAGAAGCGCUCGGCGGUGACGCCUCGAGUAACGGAGCUUCUGAUAUGCGCGAGUGGCAUAAUGGAGCGCCCGCAGCUGCCGCUGCUGCGGCGUACGCGAGGUCCAGACAAGAAUCUCACGGUGCCCUGUCGGACGGAUGGAGUCAACCUCCACUCUCGGCUUCUGGACCCAACGGAUUCGGUGGUCCUUCGGACGACGGUCAUCACGUUUUGCCCGCUCCUGCUCAACAGCAAGCCUUGGCGGGGGCUGGUAAUGCCUGGGGAUUGCCAAUGGGCUACUCUCAUCCUCAGGCCACUGCAAGCGUUCCGCCUUCGGCAUCCCCGCCUCAGAAUGGCGCUUCCGGUCCUGACUACGGACACCUCGAUCCGCCAGAAGUGCAAGAGCAGCGAGCCAGGCAGGCAGCCGCUGCUGCUGCUGGACCUGCUAACCUCUACUCGAGUUCGGACCUUGCGCACCAGCAGACGGGCAACAGCGGAUACGGCAGCGGCAGUGGAGGCAGACCAGCCACAGCGUCCUCCAACCACGGCGGCGACGGCAUCUUUUCGGAUGCAGCAGCAGCAGAUGCCUACACGAAGACCGGUGGUGCGCCCGGCUCCCCUCGAUCGUACAACAAGAGGCAGUCGAACGGAUCCAUGAUGUCGCUUGGAGGCCUCGCGCCCCCGACCUACCUUGGCAACAACAACCAGUUCGUCGAUGCGCAUUCGGGCACGCCUACCCGCGAAGAUGGCGAGUUCCAAUUCAGCAACCCCAGGAGGCUGGCCCCGACCAACCCCGAUGCUUGAUGCGCACCAUGUCCAAGCAGCCGUCUUUCUCCCAUGCAACUUGCACCCUUUUGAGCACCAGCUGUACACUACAAAAUAACGUAUCUCCCUUCGUCUUUCAAACCACUCACUUGAGCGCCGCAAGGCCUCCUAAUGUGCACAUCACAAUUGCGACGACGACGUCGAUCGCAUCUCGGCACGC